AUGAUAAAUUUAAGAAUGGAGACGGACAAGGGCGAAUCAGGUGAUAAGAAGAGCGAUAGCCUGACGAUGAUUAACUCCGUAAUGACUAUAAUUUCGCACGCACUGCUGAUAAUUCCUGUGGCUUAUAUUGUCAUAAGUUACUUUGUUCACUAUAACUUUUUUUCCUGGCACCCAAUUUGUAUGGCUCUAGGAGUGGGUUUGCUUCUAAUGGAAGGAAUCUUCGCAAUAUCCGGCGAGUCAAACUUAACCUCCCGCGUGAAGCGCACCCAGAGAGUGACAAUCCACUGGAUCCUAGUGACCUCGGGACUAACAUUGAUGUUCAUCGGCUUGAUAAUCGCGGUAGUAAACAAAAACCGUCUAAACAAGCCUCACUUCGCGACUACCCACGCGCAGUUGGGCCUCAGCGCUAUUGUAAUCUCCUGCGUGGUCGCCCUGGUCGGCACAGCGGCCUUAAACUCGCGCUGGCUGUACCCCCACGUUCGGCCAGUGGUCAUUAAAGUCGCCCAUGCGUUCGGCGGGAUUGCUAUGAGCGUCAUCUUCGUCGCGACUAUCAUCAACGGGACCUACAAGCACUCUUAUCCCGGAGGGUAUGUCGGGAGGGACAUUAUCUUCGCUUGCUACUUCUUUGGCAUGCUGUUGCUUCUUUUUAAGCCGAUUGUGGGAGCCAUUUCGAGGUCAAGAGUCAUUCUUAGACCUUCGCAACCUUCUUCGUGA